GUCAAGUUUGUGUGUCAUUAAAAUUAAUUUCAAAUUAAACAUUGUUGUUGUUAGUCGUAUCUUACUAAAAAAAUCACCUUUGGCUUUAAAAAGUUUAAUUUAAAAUUACGAGUUAUGUGUUAAAGAGUAAAAACAGUUCAACAAAAAAAAAUAGUAAUAUUUAUUUGAAUUUUGGGCCAAAAGAUUCGCCCGCGAAACAAAAUGUCUAUAGAUGAUAUGUUCGCUCAUGUCCAAGUUUCUCAAGGUAUACUGAAAGGGAAAGUAGCUGAAACCGUUUUCGGGAAGAAAUAUUACAGUUUUGAAGGUAUACCCUAUGCGAAACCGCCUGUGGGAGAGCUAAGAUUUAGAGACCCACAGGAACCAGAACACUGGAAUGGCACCCUCGAUGCCACCAGACCAGGUAACAAAUGUUGCCAACUCAAUCCGUACACGCAAACCACGAUAGAAGGCUCUGAGGACUGCCUCUACUUAAACGUCUACACACCAAGCUUGCCAGGCGAAAGAAUAGAAAAUCUACCAGUCAUGUUCUUCGUCCACGGAGGCCGAUUUAUCUUCGGUUACGGCGACUAUUACAAACCGGAUUAUUUUCUGGAACACGAUGUAGUAUUGGUGACUAUAAAUUACAGACUAAAUAUUCUAGGAUUUUUGUGUCUAAACAUACCUGAGGUGCCAGGAAACGCAGGCUUAAAAGACACAGUUUUCGCCCUUAGAUGGGUCAGAAACAACAUCGAACAUUUUAACGGUGAUUUUAACAAUGUCACCGUUUUUGGUGAAAGCGCUGGGGCCGGGGCUGUUGCGUCUUAUAUGACUUCAAAUAUGCCAAAUGGGCUGUACCACAAAGUCAUAGCGCAGUCAGGAAACUCGAUAGCCGAUAUCUAUAUGAUCGAUGAUGAUCCAGUUGAGAAGGCAAGACGUAUAGCAGAGAAUUUGGACCAAAACUUUGAUGACGAAAGGAGUUUGUACGAAUUUUUGGUACAAGUACCGAUUCAAGAUCUUAUAGUAGCUUUCAGUAUUGCUGAAAUUGGCCGGCCACCGUCCGUUAUCAACGCAUACUUACUACCAGUGGUAGAACAACCGUUUCCGGGCGUUGAGAGAUUUUUUGACGAGUUUCCAAGAAUCGAUUUUCCAUUACAUCAUUUUAAGAAGGUCCCCGUAAUGACUGGUAUGAAUUCGCACGAAGGAGCGCUGUUCUUGCAAAAAGACGGCGAUGGAUUUGUGGAUUUUGAAAAAGAUUAUUAUUACUUUAUACCAAAAUUCUUGCGUUUACGAAAAGGUGAUGAGAGAUGCGCUGAAAUUGAGAAGAAAAUUAGAAAAUUCUACUUCGACGGCCGAGAAGUGACUCAAAGUUUGAAAGAGCAGUACAUUAAUAUGGUUUCGGAUACGUUUUUCCAGUUCCCUAUUAUGUUGUGGCCUGAUAUCCUUGCGAAAUCAGAUUCUGAAGUUUACAUGUAUAAAUUUCAGUAUUCUGGCAAUUUGAAUACUCGUGUUAUGAAGGCUUUGGGGAUUCCAGGCGCCAGCCAUGGGGAUAUGAUACAAUACCAGUUUUACAGAGAAUCGAAGCAUGAAAAGGCGAACGAAAGUGAUAUGAAGAUAAUUAGGAUGCUAGCUGCAGCUUGGUGCUCAUUUGCUAAGGAUGGGCACCCGACAUGGCCGGAUCAGGAAGUGGAAUGGCUUCCAUAUACAACGAAAGGCAAGCAUGUACUAGUUAUAGACAAAAACAUUGAAUGUGUCAGAAACCCAGACUUAGACAGACUCCGAUUCUGGAAGAGCGUUACUGGUGAUGUUUCUAAAUUAUAAUUAUUGUUAUAAAAGGUUUUUAGGUUCGAUUCUUGAGUGGGGUAAUGCGUUUGGGGAUUUUCGGUGUCAAAAGUUUUUGGUGUUGGUUUUAAGACGUCCGAAAACCUUAAGGCAUGUUUUGCAUAAUCCUCACCCUUGGCAAUUUAUUUGGUGAUUUAUGACUUUUGGGGAUUUUAAAAGUAAACGUAAUAUUCAAAUAAACGUUGCCGAAUCGAGAAUCGAACCUAACACUUUUGUGUUGGUAUAAUUUUUCGCAAUUUUUCAAAUAACCGUAUCUGUGAUAAACACAAAUUAGUUCAUAAUUUUCAGUUAAACUUUAAAAAAAAUGCAUAAUUAUUAAAUAAUGGUGCGUACAUGCUUUAUACGUAAAAAAAAAAUUUUUUUAUUAUAAAAUGAAACUUAAUUCAAUCAAUAAAAAAGCAACUAGUUUUGUUUCUGAAUAAAUAAUAUAAGGUGUUCUAAAAGUAUCUGCCACGGCUUUAAUGGGA